AUGUCGUCCCACGAUCCAGAGGGAUUCUGGGGAACAUUGAUCAAUGCCGACAAGAGUCCCUCCCCCCGGUUGGAGCAGUUGUGUCUGGGCAUCGCCCAGGUCAUGUCCACCUUUGAUGAGUUCGCCACGACCGACCUGACGCCCGGCCGUCUGGCCACUUUCUAUCGCAAGACCGGGGGCAAUUACGACGUCCUCUUCCUCGACACCAAGCCCUCGGCCCUGUCGUUCAUCUAUCAGCGGCUGGGCUGUUUCCACAGCAUUCAGCCCUCCGCCGAUCCCUACACCCCCCCGUCGGUUCCAGCCCUCCAGCCCAAUGGCUUUGUGCGCUGGCAGACCAUCCAGCUGCUCUUGGACCCCGAGGAGCACAGCCAGCACCUGCAGAACGCGGUGCGCCAAUGGGACAUCCAGACCCCCGAGGGCCGUCGCUUCCCCAGGACUAUCCCCCGCCACGCCUUUCCGACAGCCUCGGAUCCCGAGAUGGUCGCCUGGCACGAGGAGAUCAGUCGUCGCUUCGAGCUCGACUACUGGAAGAAGAACCUGCUGCGCUCUACUCCGCCCAAUUUCAAGGGCUAUACCCACCGUUUCGGAAAGCGAGAGAACCCCGUCACCAAACCCUCCUCGCCCCCGUCUCCUGCUGCGCCGCCGCCGCCGGCCCCCGCGCAAGCCCCGUCGUCGCAAACGCAACCGCGCCAGCAACGUCGUAAGAGCGCCGCCGACGUACCCCUCCGCUCGACCACUCGGCGUGUGCAAUCCGUCUUCUUUCCGACCCCUCUUCCCCGCACCGAGGAGGCUCCCCCCGCAACGGGACAUGGCUCACGGGCGCCUUCGCCCCCGUUCCCAUCGUCCCCCUGGACCCGGCAGCCGGCCGCCCCGAUGCCCCCGAACGAUCCGCCCUCCGACUACGCCUCUUCCGAGGACUCAUCUGUCCCGGAGCCCCGUCGCCCCCCGCCCUCCGCCCGCCAGCGCAGCUACAAUCGGACGCUGUCCCCGCCGCGCACGUCCCACGCCCGCCGUCAUUCCCACGAAGCCUACUUCCGCAAACCGCAUCGCGACCUCUCACCGGACUCGCCGCGCCGCCGUCCCUCCUACCGUGACGCCGCCGUCUAUCAUCACACCGGCGGCAGUGGAAGUGGGAAAGGGGGAGGAGGGCGCCACUCGGACUCCGACGGCGCGCGUCGGGCGCGAGCCCCGCGAUCCUCCUACCCCGACGAUGGCCCCAGUCUGCGUGCCCGCACCCCGCCUCCGCAGGCGUCGCGGUUUGCCACCCCUGAUGCAUCCCCACCCUCGGGCGGGGUCUCCAUGUCCGACGGCGUCCUCCUCUCCGGAUACCCCGUGCAUCCGCGCUACGUGAACCGCAGCAGCGUCAAUCGCAACGUGGGCGCCGCCCCGUUCGUAGUGCGGAGGGUCGCCCCGGAUGGGGACGGCGAGGUCCGUCGUCACAGCUACUGCCAUCGGGGGAGUGGGUCCGCCGAGCGCGCGCGGUACGCCCAAUCGGUGGGUGCCAGUGCUGGUCCCAGCGCGCGGCCCUCGCGCUGGUCGACGGUGAGUCCGGGGCCGGGAUCGGCAUCGGUGUCGGCAUCUGGAAAUCGGGGAGGUGGAGGGGUCCUGCCAAUGCCGAUGGGAGUGGAGAUGGGAAUGGGAACGGGAGAGGGAGAGUAUCCUUCGAGGGGAUGGCGGUCGAGCAUGUAUGAGCGGUGA